CGUUUCCGCUUCCGUCGCCGCAGCAGCCCGGCGUCCUCGGAGUUGCUCGGAGUGGUCGCGUCCCGGUCCCUGUGCGCACUAUGUCCGGUGGCCUCCUGAAGGCGCUGCGCAGCGACUCCUACGUGGAGCUGAGCCAGUACCGGGACCAGCACUUCCGGGGUGACAAUGAAGAACAGGAAAAACUACUGAAAAAAAGUUGUACAUUAUAUGUUGGAAAUCUUUCCUUUUACACAACUGAGGAACAAAUCUAUGAACUCUUCAGCAAAAGUGGCGACAUAAAGAAGAUCAUCAUGGGUCUGGAUAAAGUGAAGAAAACGGCAUGUGGGUUCUGCUUUGUGGAAUACUACUCCAGAGCAGAUGCAGAAAAUGCCAUGCGCUACAUAAAUGGAACUCGCUUGGAUGACCGGAUCAUUCGUACAGACUGGGACGCAGGCUUUAAGGAGGGCAGGCAGUAUGGUCGUGGGCGAUCUGGGGGCCAGGUGCGAGAUGAGUAUCGACAGGACUAUGAUGCCGGGAGAGGCGGCUAUGGAAAACUAGCUCAGCCCAAAACCAGUGAGUGGUGAGAGCCUCAUCAUGGAAACGUCUCUCUCGCCCACUGGGUUUGUUGACAUACAGUACCCAGGGUCUACAGCUCUGCAUGUUUUUACCAGCCGUCGAUCGAUACCUCUACUGAGCCGGCAGCCUCCUGAUGGCUUUCCCUAUAAAUUAUUAAAAGGACAGAAUCCAGAGAAUGUCUUUAAUCCUACUUUUGGCCUUGUGUCAGAGUUCAGGUUCCCAGAAUGGUUUUCUGUUACCAGGUCAAAAAUUGGAUUCCUUGGCAACAGAUUUAUUCUAUAGCAUAGGUUUAUCUAUGUGCCAGAACAUUUUAGGAAGACUGGAAGGUUAUUUUUAGUUUGCCAUAUUUCAAUCUUAAGUGGUAGGUUCAUGAUCUGUAUUUGGGGCUAGAAUUAUUGCUUUUUUAAAAAAAGUUCACAAGGUAGCUUGAGUUUUCCUCUAAAUUAAGAACAUCUGUGGGACAACUAAAUUGAUUUUCUUAAGUUUUAACUCUAAAAGGCAAAUUUAGGAGUCAAGGGAACUUCUUACAUAGUUGCUACAGAAGCCAGCCAUAGUUUCAGGGGACACCACCUGCUUCCACACUUUAUCAGGAUAUAUGAAAUCUGAAGUUUUAACUAAGCAGUUUAUAAAAGACAUGGUAUACCUAAAGCUAAAAUAAAAACAAGGGUUUAAUAUUAUGAAGAGCCUUAUUUCAAGUUGUAUUUACGGGGUCCCUCAAAAAGUGGAAUUAUCAAGAGACAGUAGUUAAAAACAGUAUGUUGGCAUGAUGGAGCAUGCUAGAGGGCCAUCAGAUUUCUUUUUGUGUCCAAAAUGAUCUUGGGAAUGGAGUAAGUUUAAAAUAAUAGUAGUAACCUGGAGAUUGCUAAACAAAUCAAAAGCACUUUGGUCAGAUAUUUUUUGCCAGUUCUCAUACUGGAGACUGGUUUUCUCACUAAUGAUGGUUACUGUGUUUCUGAACCUUCAUAAUUAACUGAUGCUCUCUAGAGAGAAGAAUCAGAGCUACAUUUAUUUUUAUAAGUGGAGAUGAUUUCUCUAAUACAUGUAAAACUAUUGCUCGUUUAAAACUGCAAAUCUAAUUUUUCCUGACUUAAAUGUUUUUCAUUUGCAAAAGGACAUCUCCCAAUUUCUAAUAGUUUGUGAAAGUUAAAGUUCUAGUAUCUGUGUGGACACCUUUUGUAUUUAGACCAAAUAUAGGUCUUCACAUUCAAUUCAGACUGUUUAUUUACAUUUUUCAAAGAACUACUUGUAAGUAUAGGGGGAAAACUGCAAAAGUUUAAUCUAAUGAUAAACUCAAUUUUUAAAAUUUCUUUUUACACUGUAGUUUGAAUUGACAUGUUUUAUAUUCUUUUGUAGUAGUGCGUAACUCGGAUUUCUCCAGGCCAUAAAACCACAGCAAUUGGUUCCCAAUGGAAUUGUAUCUUCUGUAAUAGAUUUCAAUAAAGUUGGACCAACUUA